UCUACUUAACAAGUAUUCAGUUGAUGUAGAACUUAUUCACAGCUGAUUUGAACCCUCCUUGCAGUAUCACAUUCCUUAAGUGAUUCCAGAAGCUUAAUCAUUGUUUGGCUGCUGAUAAAAUGGCGGAGAAUGAGAAAAUUGGAAUUGUUGGCAGUGGAUUAAUUGGACGCAGUUGGGCCAUGUUAUUCGCCAGUGCUGGUUAUCAUGUGGUAAUUUAUGAUAUUCUUCAAGACCAGAUUAAUAAUGCUUUGAAAGAUAUUCAUCAUCAGCUGAAAAAACUCGAAGCUGAUAAACUACUUCGUGGUAAACUUAAUGCUAAUCAACAGUUUGCGUUAAUUAAAGGGACUUUAAGUUUAGCCGAUGCAGUGAAGGAUGCUAAACUCCUCCAAGAAUGUAUCCCUGAGAAGUUGGAUCUUAAGAAAAAACUUUAUACAGAGAUAGAUAAACUUGUUGAUGAUAAGACAAUAAUUUCCUCUUCAACAUCCACCUUUCGACCUUCAUUAUUUAGUGAAAAUCUUAAACACCGUGCACAAGUUAUCGUUUCACAUCCUGUAAAUCCACCUUAUUACGUACCAUUGGUGGAAAUUGUACCAAGUCCCUGGACCAGAGCUGAUAUUCCAGAGAAAACUAAAGAGAUUAUGACUGAAAUUGGUCAAGCACCUGUGGUAUUUACAAGAGAAAUUGAUGGCUUUGCACUUAAUAGAAUCCAGUAUGCUAUCCUCAAUGAAGCUUGGAGACUGGUGACUGACGGAGUUCUUAGUGUCAAGGAUAUUGACACAGUUAUGAGCGAGGGUUUAGGAAUGCGUUACGCAUUUAUAGGAGCAUUUGAAGCUGCCCACCUAAAUGCCGAAGGCAUGAAAAAGUACUGUGAAACGUACAAUAAAUCAAUCUAUGAUGUGAGUCAAACCUUUGGACCAACACCAAAGUUCAUUGGGCCUGCUGCGGAAAAUAUUUCUAAACAACUGGAAGAAAUGUGUCCAUUGGAUAAAUUGCAAGAAAGGCGUGAUUGGAGAGAUCUUGCUUUAACUAAGCUGUCGAUUUUGAAGAAAGAGCUUAAUGAUAAGAAAAACUAAGACGAAAACUGAGUUGCAUUUCAAUUGUUGUAAAAAGUUCCGAUUUAUAAAUGAGUCAAUAAUUGUUUUAUAUAAAAAUAAAAUAUUUCUUUGAUAUUAUUUGUGAAAUGAUAAAA